GUCAUCGAGUCAAUGACGUCAUGAAUUGAACAUCUUCAAAGCAUACGGAGUUGACUGUGGAGCUCCUACCUCUGAAUGUCAAUUGAUGACGUCACAUGUCCAUGGCUAAUUCACUAUUCCCGCCAAAUGACGAUUGUGCCACAUGCGGUUACUGUCUCUCGUUUGUUUUGUAUCGGGCGUCUCUCUCUGCUUCACUGAUACUCGAAGACCACUGAUGAAUUUGUUUGGACCUACUGACCAAUCAGCGAGACAUGAAACGCCACUCACACAGCAGCCGAGGAACAUGCGCAGUAAGAGAAGUGCGCAUCUUCAAGGCUUGGCAAACAAAGAUUGGGAGGUGUCAUGGACAUCGCCGACGCCUAAAGCUUCGGAUUCAUCAGACUCAUACGAUAUUGACGACUUUCAGGUCAUUAACCGCGAGGAGAUUCUCCGCGCCAAGCACCUCUACAUGAAGAACAUUUUGAUGUAUGUUGGAAUAACACUGGGUGCAGUAUUUCUAUUUGUCGUCAUAGCUUUCUGCUUUCUUGUAAAUCCUAAACAAUGCAUUAUCGCCUUCGGAACAGGAAGCCCAUGCUGUCUGAUUAUCUCCCCUUGUAUUUUGAAAUGUGUUGAAAAGUUCCUUGACCCUGGAAAAAUAGUUCAAGGUCAAAUGAACCGAUACGUGCCAGGCGUAGUUAUCGAUGAGAAGGGCAAGGUCGCAGAGACAUACGAGCCGACACCGGAGGAACUACAGGCGCUGCAGGAACUUGUUGAAGAGGUCAUGGACAUGGUGUAGGUCAAGGUCAUAGGGUGGCAUGACGCGUAGAUCAGAUUUAUAUUUAUGUACUUGAAAUGUAUCAAUCUAUACAAUCAUAAUGUGAAGGCCGUCCUAUUGAGGUCAGUCUCCAGUUUGCCGUUAUUCAUUUGUGCCUUUUAUGAAAGAAAUAUAAUAUCAGAACAUUUAAUUCUAUUUGACUGCCACUGUGUAUUGUUGUUUAAAAAGUGAUGCAUAUUUUGGACGUUUACCAUUUUUGUGAACCCCACGUGCAUUGUAUCUGACAAUCCAAGAAAUAAAACCAAGACAAAACUAGGAUUCAAACCACAAUUAUUA